UCCGUUCACAGUCAGCAGAGCAAGAUGGCGGUCCCUACAAAACAGUAUGGGCUGAUCUUGCCUCAGAAAAAAGGAGUGUCAAAGACCCUGCAGAAACACUCAGUGUUUGGAGAUGACUCGGAUGAUGAGACCACAGUUGGGGAGAGUCUGCAGAAAGAAGCUGUCAAAAAGAAGAUGAUGAAGCAGACACGUUUGGAGAUGCAUAAGGCCCUGGAACAGGACAGCACUGUAUACGACUAUGAUGCUGUGUACGAUGACAUUCAAAAGCAGAGGCUUGAGAGCAACAAAAAAAUUCUGGGAGGCGUUGACAAAAAGCCAAAGUAUAUCCACCAGCUAAUGAGAGCAGUCGAGGACCGAAAGAAAGAACAAGAACGAAGGGAGGAGAGGAAGAUCCAGAAGGAAAGAGAGGCAGAGGGAGAGAAGUUUGCAGAUAAAGAAGCUUACGUUACCUCUGCCUACAAGCAAAAACUGCAGGAGCAGAAGGAGGAGCUGGAGAGAGAGAAGAGAGAGGCGGCAUUGGAAGCGGCUUUGGACGUGAAGAAACAAAAAGACCUGAGCGGCUUCUACCGACACUUGCUGAAUCAGACUGUAGGAGAGGAGGCGAUACCGGAUCGCUCAGCAAUCAAAACUGAGACCUCAAAAGUUUCAAAAGACACAGAGAGGACUUCGCCUGUUGCCUCAUCUACGUCCCAUGACAAUAUCCCAAGUUCCUGCAGCGACAGUGAGGAGGGUCAUGAGCAGAAGUCUGGGUUUAGCAAACCUGGGACAGGCUCUGCACACUCAAAACGGCAAUACAGACAGAGGUCACCUUCAUCAGGGAGCGGAGAGGAGAGGGACAGAGAGAAGGAGAGAGACAGACAUAAGAAGAGCCACAGAGAUCAAGACAGGGACAGAGGAAGGGACAGGGACAGAGACAGAGAGAGAGACAGGGAUAGAGAGAGAGACAGAGAUAGAGACAGAGACAGAGACAGAGACAGAGACCGAAACAGGGGAAGGGAGAGAGAUGACCGACACGGAGGAAGAAGAGAUGAUAGGGAUAGAAGGAAAGAGAGGGACAGAGACCGAGGCAGGGAAGAUGACAGAAUCAGAGGCAAGGAUACAGACAGGGAAGACAGACACGGGAAGAGGGAGAGGAGCCCCAAAGAAAGAGAGAGGCAUAAGAAUGGGGAAAGAGAGAAGAGGAGGAAUCCAGAUGAAGUCAAGCAGAAAGACAAAGACCUGGAAGAAGAGAAGGAGAGAAAGAAGGAACCCGAGAAGGAGACGGCAGUGAAGAGAGAGGAAAAAGAUCCAGAAAAGAAGGAAGCAGUCGCAGAACACGGAAAGGAAAAAGAAGAUGAACAGAAACAGGAAGGGGAGGAGAAGGAAGGCGCAGAGGAGAAGGCGAACAAGUUUGCAAAGCGCAGCACUGAUCAGACUGUGAGUUCGGCAAGAGACCGGUACCUGGCCAGACAGAUGGCCCGCUCAGCCUGUAAGACGUAUAUAGAGAAGGAAGAGGACUGAGAGCUUUGCAGCACAUGACGCAAACUUUGCUGAGUUGGACACAACCUUUAUCUUGAUUUGGAGAAUAUGGCUAAUGUUAUUCUUUCUCAACAAAUCAAAUGAAAAGCCAAAACCAAGAGUUACUUUCUUCCUCGGUCAAUACUUUGUGACCUCCCUGCCCUGUUACCUGAGCCCACUGGUUCUCACUGAAGAUGUAAAUCUUUAGAAACUGAUUUUCUUUUCAAGGCCCAAUGAAUCCCUAAACAGCUUGGCAGUGCAGAUUUUAGCAAACACUCCUCAAAUAAGAGUAAACAGGGCAUUUAUUGGGAUCUAUUUUCAGCUGUGGAUUAAUACACCUUUGGUAUACUCAUGAGUCUUUACAUCACUAAUACAGUGUAUGUGGAAUACAGCUUUCGCAGUAACAGCAAUAUUGCAGUACAGCGCCAUUGACAAGCCAACCACAGGAGAUGGCAAGCAUUGCCACCACUGUUAUGGUCAUGGUUAUGGUCACACUAUGCUGCAUAUGCCAGCAGCGUGAUGAGGCGCUGAGCGUCUAUUCUGCACCAAUUGCUGCCAUUUUUUCUGGUUGCUGGGAAUUUAAAAAUAUUCCUAUUUGUGGGGCGUUGGUAGCGUAGUGGAUAGUGCCAGCGCCCCAUGUAUAGAAGCGAUGCCUCGCUGCAGUGGUCACAGGUUCGACUCUCGCUUGUAACCAUUUGCUGCAUGUCAACCCUCUCUCUCUCUCUCUCUCUCA